CGGCAGUGGCGGUUGCGGGGCAUGCGCGGCUCCGCGCGCGGCUUCUCAAACAUGGCGGCGGCGGUGUGAAGCUCGGUGCCGGCUCGCGCGAUCGGUGGGACAAAAUUUCGUUGUUUUCACCGACGAGACUGGAGGAAACAACACCAAAUACGGAUACCAUGGGACAAACAGUGAAUGAAGAUUCCAUGGAUGUCAAGAAGGAGAAUCAAGAGAAAACUCCUCAGUCAAGUACGUCUUCUGUACAAAGAGAUGAUUUCCACUGGGAGGAGUAUUUGAAAGAGACUGGGUCUAUAAGUGCUCCUUCAGAGUGCUUCCGCCAGUCUCAGAUUCCACCUGUGAAUGAUUUCAAAGUUGGUAUGAAAUUGGAAGCCCGUGAUCCUCGCAAUGCCACUUCAGUGUGUAUUGCUACGGUUAUUGGAAUUACUGGGGCCAGGUUACGGUUACGACUGGAUGGUAGUGAUAAUAGAAAUGAUUUUUGGAGGCUUGUCGAUUCCCCAGACAUACAACCUGUUGGGACAUGUGAAAAGGAAGGAGACUUACUUCAACCUCCACUAGGGUACCAGAUGAAUACAUCAUCCUGGCCGAUGUUCCUCUUAAAGACACUAAACGGGUCUGAAAUGGCAUCUGCCACAUUAUUUAAGAAGGAACCACCAAAGCCCCCACUAAAUAAUUUUAAAGUGGGGAUGAAACUAGAAGCUAUUGACAAAAAGAACCCAUAUCUCAUCUGUCCUGCGACCAUUGGAGAUGUUAAAGGGGAUGAAGUUCAUAUCACAUUCGAUGGCUGGAGUGGAGCUUUUGAUUACUGGUGCAAGUAUGAUUCUCGAGAUAUUUUCCCAGUUGGGUGGUGUCGCCUGACAGGAGAUGUAUUACAACCCCCAGGAACUAGUGUUCCUAUUGUAAAGAAUAUAGCAAAAACAGAGUCUUCUCCUUCCGAAGCGAGCCAGCAUUCAAUGCAGUCUCCACAGAAAACUACUCUAAUAUUACCAACACAGCAGGUCAGGAGAUCAGGUCGAAUUAAACCACCUGGACCUACUGCAGUCCCCAAAAGGAGCAGUUCUGUUAAAAAUAUCUCACCAAGGAAAAAAGGUCCAAACUCAGGAAAAAAGGAAAAGCCUUUGCCUGUGAUAUGUUCUACAUCUGCAGCUUCUCUAAAAUCGCUGACCAGAGACCGUGGCAUGUUAUAUAAAGAUGCCGCUUCUGGGCCAUGUAAAAUAGUGAUGUCUACAGUCUGUGUCUAUGUAAACAAACAUGGAAACUUUGGCCCUCACCUGGAUCCGAAGAGAAUCCAGCAGCUGCCUGACCACUUUGGCCCAGGCCCCGUGAAUGUGGUGCUUCGCCGGAUUGUGCAGGCCUGUGUGGAUUGUGCCCUUGAAACUAAAACUGUUUUUGGAUACCUGAAGCCAGAUAAUCGUGGAGGAGAAGUGAUAACUGCCUCCUUUGAUGGGGAAACUCAUUCCAUCCAGCUCCCUCCAGUGAACAGUGCAUCAUUUGCUCUUCGCUUUCUUGAGAACUUCUGCCACAGUCUGCAGUGUGAUAACCUUUUGAGUAGCCAGCCUUUUAGUUCUUCCAGGGGUCAUACUCACAGCUCUGCAGAGCAUGAUAAAAAUCAGUCAGCAAAAGAAGAUGUAACAGGAAGGCAAAGCACCAAACGAUCUCCUCAGCAAUCUGUACCAUAUGUUGUUCCUCUCUCUCCUAAGCUCCCCAAAACAAAGGAGUAUGCAUCUGAAGAAGAACCAUUGUUUGCUGGGAGAAAUGCCAUUCCCAAAGAGGAAAAUCUUUCAGAAGAUUCUAAGAGCUCAUCACUAAAUUCAGGAAAUUGUUUGAAUCCUGCCUGUAGAAAUCCUAUGUAUAUUCAUACUUCAGUCUCCCAGGAUUUUUCUCAAAGUGUGCCAGGCACCACAAGUUCACUCCUAGUUGGGGACAAAUCAUCCCCCAAGAGCAGUCCCCAUGAAGUUAAAUUCCAAAUGCAGAGGAAAAGUGAAGCUCCAAGUUAUAUAGCUGUACCUGAUCCCAGUGUCCUGAAACAAGGCUUCUCUAAGGACCCUUCAACCUGGUCUGUGGAUGAAGUGAUACAGUUUAUGAAACAUACAGAUCCUCAGAUAUCAGGCCCCCUCGCCGACCUCUUCAGGCAACAUGAAAUUGAUGGGAAGGCUCUGUUCCUACUCAAGAGUGAUGUGAUGAUGAAGUAUAUGGGGCUGAAGCUGGGGCCAGCAUUAAAGCUGUGUUACUACAUUGAAAAACUUAAAGAAGGAAAAUACAAUUGAAAAAAAUAUGUGUAAGUUUAGAUUGGACAUAAUUCUCAGAUGUACUGUUAACAUUUUAAUUUAAAAGUAUUUCUCAGCAGUUUUUGUUUUGUAGACAGUUCCUAUAAAAGUGUUUUAUCAGAAUUGCAGAACUGUAUUAACAGUUCAGUCAACUUUUUUUUUUUUUUUCCCUGGAGUCACCAACCAGCCUCGGGAGGCACAGCCACCACUCCCCCAGUCUACUUCUUUAAAAAGCAUUUGGCCGGGCGCGGUGACUCAAGCCUGUAAUCCCAUCACUUUGGGAG